AAGGGUAUAAUAGUAAAAUGGAAAAGGAUGGCUUUUGGUUUAUGUCGGCUAUUAACUAAAGGAUAAUGGAGAAGAAAAGGGUGGCGGCGAAGCCACAAUAGGUUAGCAGCCUAACCUGACAUCAUUAUAUAUUUAUUAUUUUUUACUUCUUAAACAGUCUCCUCUAUAUAUGUGGAAUAGACGUGACUCGUAAAGUAAGCUAUAGGGUUGAUGGAGAUUGAAUACAAACAAAAACUAGACUUUCCGAUGGAGAAAAAAGGACAGAAGUGGAAUCCGAUGAGUCCAAAGGAAAAGCGAUAUAGAGGGAUAAGGAUGAGGAAGUGGGGAAAAUGGGUGGCUGAGAUAAGAGAGCCCAACAAGCGAUCACGGAUCUGGCUUGGUUCCUACAAAACCGCAUUUGCUGCGGCACGCGCUUACGACACAGCCGCGUUUUACUUACGUGGUCCCUUGGCGAGGCUCAAUUUUCCCGAACAAGUCUUGCGGGACAGAAACGCCGUUGCCGGCGUUGGUGGAGACAUGUCUGCUACGUUUAUACGGCAGAAGGCGGCAGAGGUGGGAGCUAGAGUCGACGCGGAGCUUCGAACGGAGAGUUCUGUAUCAGUGGACAGACCAGAAAAGAAUAAGUUGCCGGAGGCUGGGAGAGUCUGAAAAGCAAAAUGGAUUGUAAUUUGUAUGUAGUUGGUAGUUUACAUGUUGGGUAUGUUCGGUGACAGAGUCAAAACAGAGGUUUUUAUAUAUCUUGCUCUGAGCCUCUGCCAUAGGUAUGGAAAUAAAAUGUUUACAAACGUUGUCGCUCUGCUUAAUAGUGGAUUCGUCAUUUCUCCAUUUUUAAUAUUCAAGCUACCUAAAAUUAUGAAAUUACUCGUUUAAUAGUGUGUUACGUUUGUUUCAGAUUUGUUGCACUCGUUAUAUUAUUAAAACAUAAAGAAUACAUUUAGAUGGUACAACGUUAAACCUAACUCACUGUAUAAAUCCUGUCCUUGAAAUAUCUCUAUAAUCAGAAAUACAUUUAGAUGAUAUUUCAUGCAAGUACAUAGGGUCUAAAUAUCUCUUAUUCUUGUUAGUUUUUUUCACAGCUUUGGGUUGUGAUUGUGAGUUCUGCAGGAUCUCUCCUAGUCUCCUUGUAGGAUUUAUGAUAUGAAUCUGACCAAGUCCAUGGUUGAAGAAGUUUUACUUGUGCUAGAUGUACCAAUGACUCGUGCUAAGACAAAGCGGUUCAAGGAGGUUUUAUUUGGGUUUGUGCAAAACAUGGAAAAUCAAAUACAUAAAAGAUCAAUUAGUACAAGAGGAAGAUGUGUUCAUUUGUGUUCAGGUAGAACAACCGUCGAGCAAGCUGAAAAUCAAGGACGAGAUGGAUGAGCUCAUCAGAACGGAAUCAGACGAGCUCCACAGGUCGUGAUAGGACGAGCUCUUAAGGUCGGGUUAGGCCGACCUGGUUGGACGAGCUCAUCAGGUCGAGAAUGAACAUGGACGAGUGUAGGCGAAGGGUCGAACAACGUGUUGACCAACCAGCAAAACUACCGAACUUUUUCUCGUCUUUCAAACUUCUUGUCAAGAUGCUUCAUUCUUUGCUUGGUUUUUCCACAAUCUAGAAACUAUAUGUUUGAUUACUCUUUCUGAUAAUCGCAUAGAGAUGCAUGACAUGUUGCAGACUAUGGGCAAGGAGAUUACCUAAUAAGAGACUUUGGGUGGCUAUCACUAGAGAGGUUAAUAUGGGGCUCAACUUAAUAGGAUUAACUCUAACCAUGUAAAAAAAAUUCUUUUAGCCCUAGCUAUUAUUGUAGAAACAUGGCUUAAACAAUGGUUAGGCCAAUGAUGUACAUGGUUUAAAUUUUAGCUCAUUUAUUU